AUGGCGCAGCCACCACUGCGGCUCGCACCACGCGGCCGCUGGGCCCCCCCGGCGCGCCAGCUCCUUCAGACUUUUGUGCUCCCUCAAACCUUCUACCUCCAAGGUAGGGACCGACCCGACCCCUGCAGCAUGGAGACACUCUUGGGGGCAAAAGCGGAGGUGACCGCUGGCCAGCGCUCCUAUCUCUCUUUCAGGCUCAGCCAACCUGUGCCACCUGCCCGGCCAGGAGCAGCCCUUGCUCACAGCCUGGGCACCUCCAGUGCAGGUGGCACCCCCAGCCCCCCAGGCACCGCCAGCAGAGCUGGGGGACACUGGCAAUGGGGGCCAGCUCAGCACGAGCCCCUAGAGGGUCCCCGCGACCCAGCACGGCUCCCACUCAUCCACACAGGUCUGCAGAGGGCUCCAUGCGGCUGCUUCUUUGACCCUCGGGUCUUCCACAUCCAGUGGACAAGCACCAACCUGCCCCCCUCAGCCACCAUCACGCUUGGCCACGGCACCGCUUCUCUGCCAGGUCCUGCCCUGUGUGGCCCCAUGGUCUACGGGAUGCCCCUGGCCUUGGCAGCCCCAGGGACGCCCCAGGGCCAACCACAACAGUUCCCACCCUACAACUGUCAGGGGAGAACCAUGGCCACAGACCCCCAGGUGGUGCCGACAUCCAGCCCCGGCUACCAGCACACCGAGGGGCAGUCUGCACAGAUCAACAUCUCCGGCACGGACACCCCCACCACGGCAUCCCUAGGCAGCAACAUCCCCCCGGGCAGCAACGUCCCCACUAGCCCCUGUGCUACCCCCGACAACCAAACCCUUGGGGACCUGGCCAGUGACCUUGCAGUGCCCGACAACGUGCUUCUUGAAGAGGCCCUAAGUCUAUUUGGUUGGUCCCUGGACACGGCGGGGGUCAGCCAGGACAGUCCUGCCUACGGCCCCAUGCCUGGGGACCCUGGUUGCGCCAGCGGAGAGGGAAGAGUGGUGGCCCCAGCCACCCCAGUGUUGCCAACAUCCAGCCCCAGCUACCAGCACACCGAGGGGCAGUCUGCACAGACCAACAUCUCCGGCACGGACACCCCCACUGCAGCAUCCCCGGGCAGCAACAUCCUCCUGGGCAGCGACGUCCCCACCAGCCCCUGUGCUACCCCCAACAACCAAACCCUUGGGGACCUGGGAGGCCACCUUGCAGUGCCUGACAACGUGCCUCUCGAAGAGGCCCUAAGGCUCUUUGGUUGUUCCCUGGAUGUGGUGGGGGUCAGCCAGGAUGGUCCCAGCAGCGGCCCCAUGUCUGGGGACACUGGUGACACCAGCGCAGCCAUUCCGCACUGUGACUUUGCCUCGCUCUUGCUGCCUGAGGACCUGCUCACCCCUGACUACAGUGUUCCUGAGACUGCCGAUGCCAUCCUGAGCUUUGAGGAAUUCUACAGCAUCGGGAUGGAGCCCCGGGAGCUGUGGGAGGAUGAGGGGACGCCCCUGCCACCUUCCCAGCCUGCCAUGUCAGAGAAGCAGGGCCAGAAGCGGAGGAAGAGCACCUUGCCACAGCCACCUAGCAAGCGCAGGGCUCUUGCAGCCAGCACGGGGGUGGAGGGGGGGGAUUAG